AACGAUACUACACCGCCUCCAAAUCCUUGGCGCUGCCAAAUCCAAAGUACUCCCUUCACAGCCAAGUACCCUUCUCAACUCAUUUCCCAACCAAUGGGUAACAAACAGUCAAAGUUGUCCCCUGAACAGCUCGCAGACCUCCAGAAACAUACCUAUUUUGACAAGCGCGAGUUGCAGCAAUGGUACAAGGGCUUCUUGAAGGACUGCCCGUCAGGCCAGCUCGAUAAGACAGAGUUCAGCCGGAUAUACAAACAGUUCUUCCCCUUUGGUGACCCUGGAGAUUUCGCAGACUAUGUCUUCAACGUUUUUGACGAGAACAAGAACGGCACUAUCGAUUUCAAAGAAUUCAUCUGUGCACUCAGCGUAACAAGCAGAGGACGGCUAGAUGAGAAGCUCAAAUGGGCAUUCCAGUUAUACGACAUUGACGGUGACGGCACCAUCACGUAUGUGGAAAUGCUCCAGAUUGUUCAGUCAAUAUACAAGAUGACUGGACAGAUGGUCAAGCUGCCGCCGGACGAGGAUACCCCAGAGAAGAGAGUGGACAAGAUCUUCAAGAAUAUGGACCGAGACAAGGAUGCCAAACUUACGUUCGAUGAGUUUGUGGACGGUAGCAAACAGGACCCGACCAUCGUGCAGGCACUAUCAUUAUACGACGGUCUGGUAUAGUCGUAUCCUUUUUGCUCACCUUUUUUCUUAGCUUUCUUGUAAGGACAAUCUGCUCGUUGUAGAAGUCGUCGCCAAGCUGAACCAUAAUCAUUCCAGGGACAUUUGGGCCUCUCCCUUCGGCGACACCUGCGGACAGCCCGUCUUUUCUAUAUAUAGCUCCUGCUCGAUGGCCUUCUUUCUUUUCUUUUGCAGUCGCGCUCUGCUUCCUGGAGGUACAAUACCACCACUGUAUAACCUUAAUGUACCGCACUUAGCGUGUAGAUGGUAGAUGUACCUAUGAUGUUUCAGUAGGUUUCCAUUGUAGCAACACUUGGAGAUGCAUCUGCAUUCUCUACAUAAAUACAUACCCACCGUACCCUCUACACUAUGAGGUUGGAAUGGGUCUUCCGUACUUCUGAAGUAUACGAGUAUCUGCAUCCUUUGCCACCCAGGAAUGCAAUCCUUCCGAGA